CUUCAUCACUUAAAGUGUUACGACAAUGAUAAGAAGUGAAGAUAUUCAAAUCUGAAAAAGAUAAAGCCAUGUUCCAAGUCUUUGAAUAAGAUUCCCAGUCAGAUUGCUCAACAAUCUUCUGUUUCAGGGACCCUACUACUAUUUUUAUCACGCAAACAUCCUUUUGUGGUUAAGUAAACAAAAAUCUAAAGUACAGUCUUUUCAACACAACAAACAACCAUAUUACCAUGAAUUUCCGAAGCGACAUCUCUGCUCUAAAUGAAGACAUCAUAGUUGAGCAACUACUUCGUAGCCAUGAUCCAGAUGGUCGCUGGCUUGAUUCCGAAAUGCUGCUUCAAGAAGUAGAAACCAUCUUGAGCUUUGUUCUGCAAAAUGAUGUUUCUAGACCGCUUAUGACAGAGAAUUGUAUCACCAACGUUCAAGUUUUUGACUCAAAGGAAACACUACCAUACGCUAUCUCCAGAAUCUCUGUUCAGAUGCUUUGUCCAUGCAUAGGACAAAACGAGAUCCAGACAAGAACAAUGGUUUUGUUCGAUCUUCUGAAAGAAUACAGAUGGGAUGCAAAAGCUGUGUUAGUACUAGGAGUACUUGCUGCAGCAUAUGGAGGACUAUUGCUACCAGUCCAUCUAGCCUCCUGUGAACCCGUCGCAUCAUCUAUUGCAACACUCAACCAGCUGCCUAAUGAGAGAACCAAGUUAAGACCAUGGUUAGAGUCUCUGACGUUGCUCGUUAGAGCAAUGCUGGAUGUAACCAAAUGUCUUAUUAAAUUUGAAAGACUUCCAAUUAAACAAGUGCAGCUAGACAACAACAUUGUGGAUAAAACCUUGUUUAAUGUUUAUUUGGCUACUUACCGGGUUGUCAAAAGUGUGCUUGCAUGCCUGCAGCAAAUACCUUAUUUCAAGCAAACCCAGCAGGCAACAGAAACAAGAAAAUCAGCCCAUGAACUUUCAACGGAAUCAAGAAGAGCAGCAGGAGAACUUUCUAGUUUGGGAUAUCAGUUGCUCAACUUACAUACCCGCCUUAACAAGCAGGUAGACGAUUGCAGCACACAAAUAGAGGAAGAAAUCAAUCGAAAGCUUAGAAACAUUAACACAGGCACCCAUCAAGACAACCAAGACGUACUCCACCUACUUUUUUCUCUACAAGAUGAUUUGCCACUUCAACAAUACUCCAGACAAAUAGCAAUAACUGAGCUGAAAGAAAAAGUAAUACUGCUGCUACUAUCAAAACCACCAGUAGAGCCACUUUUCUUCCUGCUUCAACAGUUAUAUGAUCAUCCAUCCAGCACCAACACAGAACAAAACUACGAAAUCAUAUGGAUUCCGAUACCAUCCUCCCAAAAAUGGACAGACGAAGAGAAAGAAAUAUUUGAUUACUACUCCAAUUCCUUACCGUGGAUCUCAGUAAGGCAGCCAUGGUUGAUGAGCUCCACAAUAGUCAACUUUUUCAUUCGAGAAUGGCAAUAUGGAGACGACGAGGCAAUGGUGGUAGUGAUGGAUUCUAACGGGGAGUUUGUGAACAUGAAUGCCAUGGAUAUGGUAUUGAUAUGGGGUGUUAAAGCAUAUCCAUUCUCAGUUACUAGAGAAGAUGAGCUUUGGGAAGAACAUGGAUGGUCUACGCAGCUCUUGCUUGAUGGAAUUCAUCCUGCAUAUGAAACAUGGGUGAAACAAGGAAGUGAAAUCUGCAUAUUCGGAAGCGAGAAUUUGGAUUGGGUUGAUGAAUUUGUAUCACUAGCAAGAAAGAUUCAGAAUCUAGGGUUCCAAUUAGAGCUAGUUUACCUCAGCAACGAGCGAACAAAAGCCAUGGAAGAGAGCUCAAUCUUGUUCAGUCCUACAGUUCAACAACUCUUUUGGCUACGAUUAGAAAGCAUCGAACGAUCCAAACUAAAGCGAACUGAACCAUCGAAACCUGAUCGUGUUUUCGAAGAAGUUACGAAACUUCUCGACUUCGAUUACGGUAAACACAAGGGUUGGGGGAUCAUCGGAAAAGGAUCAGAAGCGGUGACGGUUGACGGAGAGAAGCUGGCAGAGAGGAUGAGUACGGUUGUGCGGUGGGGAGAGUACGCGAAGGGAUUGGGUUUCACGGAGGCGAUUGAAAUCGCGGCGGAGAAGCCGUGUGAACUGACUCACACGGUGGUUGUUCCGUUUGACGAAGCUUUGACGAUGAAAGUUGUCACGUGCGAGAAAUGUAAACGGCCAAUGAAAAAGUUUGUCGCGUAUCAGUAAAUCACAGCCUCGUUACUUUAACAGUGACGCCCAAAAAUAAUAUGUUUUUUUUUCUCUUUUAUGUGGUGCUUUCUUUUCAAUAAUAAAAAUGUGAUAUUGUGAACAAACAGAGGCAAAUGUGAUAUUUUAGGAUAACCGAGGUUGAUUUGGA